UACUGCUGCAAGGGAAGAGCUCAAAAAAGGAAUGGUAGAGGGAAUAAAUGUAAGAGGUAUCGGGCAUCAAAUACUUUCCAACGAGCUUUACCAAGAGACUAUCAUUCUAUCAGAUAUGUUUGAAAUCAACGAGUUCGUUGCAUUAGACUUGCUAUGUACUGCACAAAUGCAAAUGCCCUAUUAUCCGUCAUUACCCAGGGGUUUAGUAGCCGUCCUGCUUUACUACGACGGCCGAAAGGCUCUUGUCACAAGUCUUCUAUAUUUGGUUCAAGCAAGAAGUGGAGUACAAUGGAGUGUUGAUCUAAAUACAAGUCUGUCAAAGUUCAUCUCGGAAUAUACAGACCAGUUGAUGGAAGGAGGACUUUUCAACAGAAUUUUCGAACUGUUGAGGUCUCUUGAUCUCAGUAAAGAAAUUGGGAAAUUACAACAAAACCUCGCUCUUGGUGGACCGAAACACAGAAGGCAAGUUAUAGACUUGUUUAAGGAUAUACGAAAUAUCCUAGCUGAAAUUGUUUUUUCCUGGUCGUCACAGUCAGGUUUGCCAAAAAUCCCCACUCUGGCACUCAUCAAUUAUUUGAGGGAAGCUAAAAUCGAAGGAGAAGCCUCUGGAAAUAUAGAUGACGUCAACUUAUAUCUUGAAGCUGCCUUGCUAUCAGCUUUGGAUAUUAGUAUUUUACACACAAGAGAGGACGGAGAAGAAGCCAUCCAGCUGCUCCCUGUCUUUUCUGAUUCAACAUACAUAUCAACUAUUAUGAAUGAAUUCUCGAUUUCAAAACCGAAGUGGGUAUGUGAAGGACUGCAAGCCUUGUCAACCUUUGGAUUGGCCGUAUGCAUUAGCUCUCUAAGAGAUGUGCCACAGAGUUUCAAAUUUCAAGAAGCCAUAAAUAAAGAAGAAAGUUUUGUAGACUCAGCCAUUGAAAUGAAUGUUUUUGCCUUUCUGCAUAAUGUCGUUUUGGAAAAUAAGACAUUAUUCAAGGAACAGUUUUUAUAUAAGAGAUUUCACAACUUAAUAACCGAUUUCAUAUUCUCAAUGUAUUCCAAAGUGAAAGAUCUGAGAAUGAAAGCCGAUGAAAUCGGUAGGACUAUGCAAGUGUACAUUAGGGAGGGAUUAGACGUUCCAGCAAGCCUCCCAAGAUAUUUUGAGUAUUUUCUGUUGACCAUAGGAAAGUUAUACUCCAACGACGUUCUGAAUACAGGUUAUGCGUCUCAGUAUUGGAGCCCAGUUGAAAGUAGCUCUACCCAGAGUACCUCGUACAGAACUUCACCCCGUUCAGUGGCUCUGUUCAAGUUUGUUAGACUAGCCGGUGAUGUACUGCCCACAACUGGUCUCUUGUGUUUGAAGCUGUUCAACAAAUUUUUGAAUCAGUAUGAACCUAAACCAUCUGAUUUUCCUGCCAUUCAAAAUGAAUUCAGUUCCCCGCCUGGCUAUCACUUGAUGCUGCAAUUGAACAGUAAAUCCGAAAUGUUUUAUAUCAUAAUGAAUAUAAUUGAAGAGGGUAAUAGAUUUUUUGACUCGUACGUAUCAUUCCAAGGGCAAGAGUACUUGAAGAAUUGUGUUCUCACUUCUUUAGAUAUUAUUCAUAGAGUAUUGGUGUUGCAGUCGAGGUUUUUCAGUUUCCUCGCCUCAUCAUCUACGUCUGUUAUUCUAACCAGCUUCAACAAACUUCUGAUGUCUAUGAAUCAGCAUACAGGAAAACCUGACUAUUGCAUUAAUGUAGCGAAAUAUGUAACGUAUCAACUGUAUUUACCAAAGCAUGCCUACGUUGCUGUUAAAAUACUUACACACAUCAAUAGUUCGUCCGUGGCACACAGCCAGUUUAUGAAUAUAUUGAUGUCUGUGGACCAUGCAAAGGAGCUAAUUAGAAGUGGAUUCGUUGACUGCUUGGAUUCAACCACAGAAGACGAUGAAACUAUUGAGAACACCAAGAAAGAGAUACUCAAGUUGACGAAGCAAUGUUUGUCGUACAACGCUCCUAAUCUGACUCAUUUCCUGAUGGGUUUUGAUAUCAAAAGAGAUGUAUCAAAAACUGAGUUUCAGUUUCCUGGAGUGAUGGGAUUCCCACGUUCUUGCCUCCACUCUAUAAUAUCUGUCAUGGAUUCUGUGAUCAAUCUUUCUUCUUCAGUACCAUCCCCUUCUUUGUUGGAGUCGGUUUACCAUCAGCUGUACUUACUAGCGUCUAAUGUUAAAACAUCAAAACCCGUUUUGAGAUUCAUCAGAAUGAAUAAAUCGUUUUACAGAGAUCAUUUGACGGAAGCUUCUAAAAAUAUUGAUAAAGGAUUAUCACAAUUUGGCCAGGUGAAAUGGUUAUUGAAGGUACUUGCGAUUGAGUUGAAAGUGUCUAGUCAAAUUAAGCAAGUCUCUUACAUGAAACAGCUGACAAAUUUUUUACUGAAUAUGCCAGUGGAAGAAAGUAAAAACCCUGACAUAUUCGCUUUGAUGCAAAAGAGCGCUCUCGAUGCCAAAUUAAUGAUCCCAGAAGAUAUAAAACUGGAAAACUUUUUGAGUAGUUUAAUUCCACAUUUCGAACUGACGGAAUCUCAGCUUGAAAUGCCAACAUGGGAAUUCUUCGACACCGACGUAUUGAACAAGAUUUUACAAACGUGCCAGAAGAAAACUGUUCCACAGUUGAUAGAUUUGAAGAAAUUGCAUCAGAUUCUCUACGACGAACUGAAAUCUCUUCAAGGAACUGCAGUAAUGGGUCAGAUACAAGCUAUAACUAAGGAAAUUCAGAAAGUGUUAAGAUACGCUCUUGAAAUAAAUAGAAGAGCUGAAACUUGUUCGGCGCUCAUCCAGUUUACUGAUGCGUGGAGGCAGGUAGCUGAAGUUUUAAUUAUUUUCACUCCUACGGAAAUCUUGUCUACUACCGAACAGCAGAUUAUAAGUAUAUCUUUGAUCAAGCAGCUUUUGACAAUUGUUGUUCGAGCACAACUAUUGCCAGAGGUUUCUAGGCUGUUGUCUGGGGCUAUAUUGCUCUUGGCAGACAAUUUAAAAAAGUGUUAUUUUCGAGAAAGACGCCUGGAAAAAAUAUCACCUGUAGAUAAGGAUGAAACUCUGAACGUUCUAGAAAUGCAUCAUUCAUCGUUGAAAAAAAUUCUGGAAAACUUCGUUCAGUGCAUUAUGGUGUCAGAUGUUGUCGAUGGAGAGUUGAGAAUAAAUUUGUAUGCCUCACUAGUCACGUUUUUGCAGAUGGCUAAUAUAGAAAAGCCAUAUGAAGAUGUAAUGUUCAGCAAUAGCCUCUUCAUUAGCCGUCUUGAUAGCUCUAAGCUGAGCAUUUGUGAUGAUUUCAAGAUUGACUUUUCGGAUAUUUUGUCAAACUUUGGUGAGAAAUUAAUUGAAAUAAUAUGCCAAGACUGUAUCGGAGGACAAGAAGUCUGUAAAAUUUUAGCAAUGUCGAGCUUCAGUCAAAUAAUUGCUGUGUCUGGUAAUGCGAACUGGAUAAUACACUUCUCCGGGAGAGGAUACUUGAAACAUGUAAUCCAGAGCAUAGCAGACACUGAGUCGGAGUUGAGGAAUAUAUUGGAACCUCAAGCAGAGUCGAUAAAAGCGUUAUACCUGUACAUGGCCAAAAUACUGUUGUUGGCUAGAUUAGCCGCCACUAAGAUCGGUAGUGAAUUGAUAUUGGAGCAGAAACUUUUCAGUGUUUUCAGUAACAUGUCUGUUUUCUCCUACCACCCCGAAAUAUCGAAAGAUUGGCAAAGGGACAAUAUUUUGGAAGAUUUUUUGCCUCCGAUCGAACAACAGUAUCUACAAAUCUGGCUACCAACUUUAAAUAUAUGUAACGCCGUUCUCACUACACUUGGAACAGAAAAUCAGUCAGCUGUAGCACAGAUAAUGUACUUUUUGUUGAGCCACUUGGACGUAGUUGAGCUGAUCCUUCGAUCAGGAAGCCCAGAUUUAUCUCCAAUGUCUCUGAGAGAAUUAGCAUUGCUAACUUCCGUCAUUUCAAGGACGGCAAACAACAACUUGGUAAAUAUUUUGGAGAACCCCAACAUUGUUCAAAAUAACAGAGCCCAUCUUUACCGAAUCCAAAAGCUUAUGUUAUCACUUCUUCCUAAAUUCAUACUCUCUGAAGACACGGUCAAGAGGUUAAUCAGUCACACUACCAUAGAUUCUUGUAGUUUUCAAACUUCAGAGCGACUACUAUCGGCCAUGCAAGUCAUGUCGAAUUUGUUAUCAUAUUCUAGAAAUGUAGUGGCCAAUCACGGCAUUGAACAUGCUGGUGUAGGAGUAAUAUUUUAUCCAACUCUGAUUGAUCCUCUUCUGAGUAAUUUCAGUUCAAAAAACUUUGCAAACACCAAUGAUCAAGAAACCAGUUUGGGUGUUAUAGUUCAACAACUUAUCAGCACUGUGAAUCAUUACCAUCAAGAAAAAGUAACGCAUGAAUUGUUGAUGAGAAAACUGGAGGAAGUACCUGAUAUGAAUUCUGCAGACUUGAAGCCUUACAUUGAUUCAACUGUAGAAUCGAGCGAGUUGCAUGUCAAGAGAGAAAAGGGUUAUGAAAUAAUCUCUGAUAGGCUUGACAAGAAGAAAAAAGAGAUCAAUUACUGUGCUUUCAUAAUUGAAAAUUCUUUAUACUUGAUAUGGCUGCAUCUCGAUUUCUACAUGUUGAAAGCCAUUCCUAGAGUUGAGAACUAUGGCAAUAGAAACGCAUCUUUCAAAAUUGAAGGAACUCUUGCGUCUUCUACAGAAGCUACGUGGAAAGUCUCGACAGAUGUCAUCAGCAGUUUGAAACAUGGGUUGAUUUCCCUUUUCAAUGAUAGUUUCACCAAACAACUUCUAGAAACGGCACAG